AUGGCUCUGGCUUUGCAACAAGGUUUGCAACAGCCGGACUGGGAGCAGCAGGGGACACAGCAGCUGGACUGGGAACAGCAGGGCUUACAGCAGCUGGACUGGGAGCAGCAGGGCACACAGCAGCUGGACUGGGAACAGCAGGGUUUGCAACAGCUGGACUGGGAGCAGCCACAGGAGCCACAGGAGCCACAACCCCCCUUGGAGCCCCCACAUGAGCCACAGCUGGAGCAGGAACAGGCUGGCACACAGCAGCACACGGGCUUGCAGCAGCAGACAGGGACACAGCAGCCAGAGCCACAGCCCCCACAGCUGGAGCCACAGCCCCCACAGCUGGAACCACAGCCCCCCUUGGAGCCCCCACAGGAGCCACAGCCUCCCUUGGAGCCCCCACAGGAGCCACAGCCCCCCUUGGAGCCCCCACAGGACCACAGCCCCCCUUGGAGCCCCCACAGGAGCCACAGCCCCCCUUGGAACCCCCACAGGAGCCACAGCCCCCCUUGGAGCCCCCACACGAGCCACAGCUGGAGCAGGAACAGGCUGGCACACAGCAGCACACGGGCUUGCAACAGCAGAUGGGCACACAGCAGCUGGAGCCACAGCCCCCACAGCCGGAGCCACAGCCCCCACAACCGGAGCCACAGCCCCCACAGCCAGAGCUGCAGCCCCCACAGCCGGAGCCACAGCCCCCGGAACAGCCACGGCAGCUCAUGGUUCUGGUGGGUUGAGAGUGGAGCAGGUCAGAGGAGCAGAUGCAGAGGACAGGUGCUCAGGUGUGGGGCCUCCUGGGCCAGGAGCCCUUUAUAUACCUGCCCCGGUGUGAGGUGUGAUGCUGGCCACAUGGUCACUUCCUGGUUCUUGUUUGUGCUGUGUUUAGGAUCUCCCUUCCUGUUUUCCUCUAGACAUCAGCCUCUGGUGUAAAGUCUAUGUGCCAUUAGCUGCUAUUGGCUACUCGUCAGGACCUAGCCCCUCACAGAAUCCAUGUCUAGACUUGAGGAAGUUCCCCAUCCCUUGCAAGGGUUCAGCUCAUUCCCUUUAAUUACAGAGUCUCACUUGAUUAACAAUGGUUUAUUUUAGCUGUACAAAGGGUAUACACAAUAAUACAUCCAAAAACAUGUUAAAAAGCCCGAGUUAUGAAAAUAUUAGGAAUUUCGAUGAAUUCCUCUCCACGCAUCUUCCCAUAUUGCUUCCCUCCCACCCUAGACAAUUUCCUGAAUUUGAA